AUGCGCGCCACUACCACCGUCGCCCUGCUCGCGCAGGUUCUCGCCGUCCAGAGCAUCCGCAUCAUCCAAUCCAACGAUGACGGCUGGGCCGAGUUGUAUGCCCGUUCCUUCAACGAUGCGCUCAAGGCUUCCGGUCAUGACGUGCUCCUCUCCGCCCCGGCCGAGAACAAGUCCGGUUCCGGCUCGCGUGACGAGGAGCCUGCCGCUCGCAAGACCGCCUGCCAGUACGACAGCUGUCCCGCCAACAGCGGUCCCGUCGGCCUCAACGAGACCCAGACGGACCUGCGCUGGGUCAACUCGUACCCCGUGACCUCCAUGCGCUACGGAAUUGAGCAGUUCGCAGGCGAGAAGUGGAACGGCCAAGCACCCGAGCUCGCAGUCUCCGGCCCCAACGUCGGCUCCAACUUGUGGCUGUCCGUGCUCGUCUCCGGCACCGUCGGCACCGCCGUCUAUGCCUCCGGCGAGAAGGCCAUCCCCGCCAUCGCCUUCUCCGGCGCCUCGAGCGGCGUGCUGCCGUGGAACACUACUCCCGUCCCCGCGCGCAGCAGGGUGUACGGCGAGUUGGCGACGCGACUGGUGAACAAGAUCGUCAGCGGCGGCGCCCCUUACCUGCCCGAGAAGGUGUGGCUGAACGUCAACUUCCCCCAGGUCACGGAGACUCAGUGCAACAACCCUGAUGACUUCAAGUGGGUUCUUAGCCGCAUCAAUCCUGGUCUUUUCUCUGGUCCCGAUGUCGGUACCUGCGGCAGCAAGGACAGACUUCCUGAGGAGAACAAGGUUGUCGGUACCAAGGGUUGCUACAUCUCCAUCAGCGUUGGCGACAACGACAAGACUACUGCGCCCAAGGAGAAGCAGCAGCCUGUCUUGGACAGACUCGGUGACUUCCUGUCCUGCUUGCCUUGA